UGGUUACAGUAAUUCCGGGCUGCAGGAUUCUAAACCUUGGUACUGCUUGGCUGGCAUGGUGGAGCAAGCGGCCGUUGACUUAUCAGAAGCGAUAAUGGGCUCAGGAGGCGGUGAAAAGCUGAGGGGCAGGUGAGGCUUCUCUGAAGCCCUUAGGCGAUCUGAGAUGAAGAAGAUUUUUGGCUUCGGGAGUAGGAAGGGCGUGUCGCCCUUGGGCUUCUCUAGGAGUCCGGGGAGCAACAGCAUGGGGGAUUGGCGUAAGAGUAGUAGUAAUCGAGUCAUCUCUCCGCACGAGUACCACAUCCAAGACAAAGAUUUGGGGAAGAUCCACAAAGCUGCCACGGUGGGCAACGUAGCAAAAGUGAAGCAGAUUCUAUUGCUCCGGAUAAAUGGCGUGAAUGACACAGACAAGAUGAACAGGACUGCCCUACAUUUGGCCUGUGCCAAUGGCCACGCUGGAGUGGUCACUCUCCUAGUUGACAGAAAAUGCCUGUUGAACCUCGGUGACAGUGAAAACAGGACAGCUCUGAUUAAGGCUGUACAAUGCCAGCAAGAGGAAUGUGCAACAAUUCUGCUAGACCAUGGUGCCGACCCCAAUAUAAUGGACAUCGAUGGCAACACUGCUCUCCACCAUGCUGUCCUCGGUCAAAAUACAGCUAUAGUAGCAAAGCUGCUUGCACACAAGGCAAAUGUUGAAGCAAGAAACAAGGAUGACCUCACACCACUGUCACUUGCUAUUAGUGAAACCAAAGAAAAAAUGGUGGAAUUUUUAGUAAACAGAGGUGCAAAAGUCGAUCAGUUGGAAAGUAAUCAUCAACUAACUUGUGACUACAAAGGAGAAAGGAGACCUAAAGUGUGUUCUGAAAGCAACAAAAGUCUUGUGGAUAUAGAUCUACAGGAGUCUCCAAGACAAGCAUCAAGAAGAACAAAUUCAAUGACAGUGGUUGAGAAGUCUGAAGAAGACUCUUUAAGCAGGCUGUCCAGCAAACCUGACAUUGAUGAUUCAUGGCCUACAUCAGAAGAUGAAGACUUCGAUUUUGAUACCAAGAAUGCCAUGAAGCCAAGCUUAACAAAGCUAAUGACCGCUAUUCAACAAUCUCACGAAAACACAGAAGCAAAAUAUGCCAUUGUGAGACCAGAAAAUAGGAUGUUAUGUGAAGACAAAACUUUUCAUAGUGAAAAUGAAGAUGUGAUUGAAACUUUUCCCAAGACAUCAGAAAAAGUCCAGGGCUUUUCUCAACCUGCCUUUUCAUCACUUGAACCUCUUCUAAAAGCUUCUCACAUGUCCUUAGAAGUCAUUGGUCUUCCAAAGGAAAAAGCAACGAAGCCACCAAUUAAAAUAAAAGGAAAUAGUAUUGGUAUUAUUGAAAGUGCUCCACAAAACCAAACAAAUAAUAACAAUUUGACUUAUCUUGAUGGAGAAUAUAAAGACAAUAGUAGUGAUAAAAUGGCAACAUUCGGAUUAGGAGAAGAUGAAGAUAGAGAAUCACUUUGGGACUCUGAGGAGAGUUUCUCUGCAAAUCUUCCACAGAAGUAUGUUGAUCGUUUAUCUGAAGCUGUAGGUUCAGAUAAGAGAUCUGAAAUUACACAAAAAGGACAAAUAGAAGAUGCGUUUUAUGUACCUUCUUGCAUGAGUGGAUCGAGAAACUUUAAGAUGGCUAAAGUAGAGGAUACAGGAAAUGGAGGCACACCAGUAGCCCAUAUUGAUUCUCCUGGAAAAUAUUCUCACUUAAAGCCUACUGUUGAAGAGAAAGGUCCUGUUCCUGAAAAAGCAGCAGGAAUGACUUUUCUACAAACAUCCAGAUCAGAAUUAGACUUAGAAGUGACACCAGAGGAAGAGCAAGAAAGGCUUAAUGGAAGUGAAAAUAACCACCCACAGGUUGAAGAAGAGGAAAAGAUGCACAACAGUACUGAAGUGGCUGUAAUAGAAAACGUGCACAAUGCUGACGCUGACGACAGCAAUGGAUUAAUUCAACAAAGGAAGCGCGAACAAACUGAUAAGCAGCCAUUCCCUGUUAUAGGGAGUGAAUAUUCUGAUAGAUCUACAGAGAAAACAUCGUAUGAAGAGAAAACAUUUAGUGAUGAAAACAAGGUCAAACAGAAAUUUAAUUCCAUGGAUGACCUUGAUGACUUAACUCAGUCAUCUGAAACAUUUUCGGAACAUUGUGAGUUGCCUUACUCCAACUGUAAGAAUUUCAUGUUGCUAAUUGAACAACUUGGCAUGGAUUGUAAAG